AUGGCACUAGUCCGAAAACCUACUGCGUCGUCCUCUUCUGCUCCCCGCGAUGGUACUAAUCCAUGUAAGAUUAAAGUGCAGAUGAUUCGUAUAUGGAAGGGCGAUAAGAAUGAAUCAGACAACUCUGUCGACAUAAUUUUACUUGAUUCAUCGUUGAACUACCUGGAAGCUAGGUCUGAUGAAGUUGCAAUAGUUCUCGAUUUUGCUGUUUUUUUAAACGGCGCAGACUUUGGUCUAGUCGACAAUGUUGCGUUUAGGCAACACUUAGUUUCUUCAUGUAGUGGACCAAAAUAUAAUAACUAG